ACGGUGUAGAAGAAUACUUGCUCCUUUCAAUACUACUUCGUACGCAAUCAUUCAUUAUGUUUUCUCCAUUUGCUCCAUGACAAGAUUCUUUUUGGGUUUGUUUGUUAGAUAUUUAGUCCUGGGCCCAACUACUGUGCAAAACGAAGCAAGCGUCUCAAGAUGGGAUUCAAUCACCUGGGGCGCGUACCAUGGCUCACGCUUCUGGUCGCGGGAGCCCUGGGGCAGCGUGUUGUAGAUGUCACAGAUAUGAAGAUAUACUCUAGCUUGGCACCAUGCGCAGCAUCCGCCAUCUCGCUUCAUAUAAUGUCGCAGACGAGUUCCAAUUGUCCACAGGUUGCAACUGAACUCCAAGAAUGUGUCUGUACCGGAAGCAACCAACUCGCCGCCAUUUCCUCGGCCAUGUCGCUUUCAGUCAGCGACAACUGCGGCUCGACCGCCAGCGACGACCAGACCUCGGCGGCAUCCGUGCUGUCGGCGUACUGCGCCCAAAAGACCCCUUCGGCAAUGCCGACUCUGCGACCCCCGGACUUUCCAGUGUCGCAGUAUAUAACGGACUUUGUCGAGUUUGAACAACUUGCUCCGUGUGCCAGCAGCGCGCUUUCAUAUGCUGUUCAGAGCAUGACCAAUACCUACUGCCCGCGAGACCCAGUGGGACUGGCCAUGUGCGCCUGUCAAAGAAACCAGAACUCUCAGUCCAUCAGCCGGGUUAUCGACUCUUCUGUUAGAUUCACCUGUGCCUCCCACUCGGCAGAUAUAACUUCGGCGCAGGACAUGUUUUCAGCAUACUGCAAAAUGGCGGACUUGGGGACUACGGCUUUUCCUGUCCCGUCACCUCCCCCUGGAGAUAUGUCCUAUUUUGUUACUGCUCUUCCUCAGUUCAAAUCCCUAGCUUCCUGCGAACAAUUCGUGGUCUCUUCGGCCAUCUCAUCGCAAAUCAGCAAGUUCUGCCCGCGAGGCGUACAGGCCUUGGCAUCUUGCGUCUGCGUCAAGGAGAGCAUGUCGUUGUUCAUUUCCAGCAGCAUUUCAUCCAACGUCAAGUUCUCCUGCAAUCCGACGGCGAAUCAAGCUCUCACUUCUGCGCUGUCGGUUUUCGACUAUUACUGCAGUGCUGCGAGGGGCCAGGUUAAACCGACGGGCGUCUCGGAAUCGAUCGCACAAGAGUACCCUCCGGCGCAGACGGGGAGUAACAGCCAGCAACCUGGACCGGGCCAGUCGGGUGCAGCAGGGCAGGGCGGCUCGCAGAACGGCGGCAGCGGGCCCAACACAGGUAUUAUCGCCGGCGCGGUGGUUGGCGGCGUGGUUCUGCUAAUGUUGAUCGGAGUUGCGGUCUUCUUCCUGAUGCGCCGAGCACGCCUCAACAGCCCGGCUGCCUCGAGGCCUUAUGGACGGCCAACUUCACCGGAACACCACUACAAGCCCGAAAUGGACGGUGUCGGUACGCAGGUCAGCCAAAUUCCGCCAGCGCAGAGUCCGGUUGGCAACGAACAGAAGCAGGAAUUGCCUGUUGGCAGCGACAUGGUCUCACCCCUAUCUGCGGCCCCUGCCACAUCUGAGCUGCAUGGAAAUGAUAGCCCGGUUUCUCCUCAGACUGCAGGGUACGGGACUUAUGGAUUCCAAGACCAGCGUCAACAGAUGCAAAGGUCGGAGUUGCAAGGAGCUCAGCCGCAUACUGGAGCUUCCGGUCAGAAUGGCUCCAAUCUUCAUAAUGGCGCUCCGGGAAACAUGGCUUGGCAUUCUGGGCCAAUUCCUGAAUAUUCAGAGCUUGACGGAACGAGCAAUGCAAGAGGCCGGUCAGGCGAGGGAAGGGGAUAAUAACUAAUCUCAGGUAGUCUUUUAUCAUGUAUAUCACACGAGAAAUACGAAUUAACAAUCACGAAUUGUAGUACUUUGUAUCAACGGAUGGAAAGGCUGUAGUUGAGACCAUAUGGCGACUACGAACCGCGGAAUUCUUGGUUGACGAAAAGGGACAAACCACAUUGCAGCUGACCACCCCAGUAGCUGUCACCAACAACUAACAAUCGACGAACCUAGGCUCCAACCGGUCAAUUUAAAGGCAGCAUCAGACUUUCCCGGAAUAAAAUCUUUGGCCUUUUUCUUUCUCUUUUAUUCUCGCCUAUUCUCUU